AAUUGAAGUAAAAUCCUGUCACUGUGGUGAACGUGAAAAUCAUUGUCAACACUUUUUCUCUUUGGAAUCCUGGUAAAGAAAUGCUGGGAAAGUUGCUGACUUAAAGUAAGACGAAGUUAAAUUCAAGCAGUAACAAGUUUGACCCUUGACACGCACAGUUCUUGCCAAUUCGUGCACUUCUCUUGUUGUGAAGGAAAGCUUAUUAGUUCUUCCGACCUUGGCAUUGACUUUUCAAGAAAUUGUACUUAUAGCAACUUUAUAUCUGUGCUUCAUACAGCUGAAGUGGAGUGUUGUCUGAAGAAAAUACUUCAUGCAGGAAAAGAGUCGCGAAUCAAAUUGAACCAUCUGGGAAAACGAUGACGCCUUUCUAAACAGAUUCAAGAGAAAACACUGCAAACACUGACCACUUGAAAUAACUUACGAUGUAUGUGAAAGGUUGAAGGACGGGCCAAAGAAAUGAAUCUAAAGAAACUUGAACGUAUUUCGCCGCCGGUGGAUCGAUUUUGGAGGCGAAAGAGAACCCAAACGUGGCCGAAUGUUCCGUUGUCGGAACUGAGUAAAUUAAAUGGAUGGAAUCCAUUGGCGACGAUUCCCGAAAGCGACGCUGUGAAAUCGUCGGAGAAGAGUUCGGGUCGACGAGCCCGCGCUAAAACUGUUUCGGACCUCCGAGUCCGUAUUCAAGAUGAGCAACUGAGGAAGAUUAUCUUGGACGUGCUUACGUCGUAUUUGUCGCAAUUUUCGCAAUAUGAUCAUACUCUUUUUGGCCGGCUUGGCCCCUUGCUAAGUGAAUUAAUAAAAGUUCGUGUUGAGGAGUGCAUCGAAGGACGAUGUAAAAUAGUAUCACAGGUUUAUAUUGGAGCUGUUGUUGGUGAGGGAAUAGAUGCGGCGACGCAAUGUUUAUGGACACCGCAUUGUGAUAAAUAUGCUACGGCUAGUUAUGGAACUCAGUUUUUAUUUGCUGUAGGAAUCGUAUUCGUUGUACAAUUAUAAAAUAAACUAGACAUCCCCCAACAGAGUGCUGCGUAUCAAUUACGCGUGUCUGAGACCCGUGGUUUGGUGAGAUGGCGCGGCAGCUCACGUGCACGUUCCCGGCGGACGGAAACAUUGAUAUAAUGGACUUGAUGAUGUCAAACGGAAAUCCUUUAAGUACCGGAGGAUAAUUUAACAUUUCUAGAUUCCAAUAAAUCGAGUUUCUGGCUAGAAGAAAUAUAUUUUCUCGACUGAUACACUCUUUUUUUUUUUUUUAUAUAAGAACCUUUUUUAUAGGAACACUCAGGCUAAGAUUAACCAAAAUUUUAAGAGCAUCUUAAGAACAUGCACAUGCUGAGAUUCAGUCAAGAACGUCGUUAU